AGUUAACUCAGGUUUUUUACAAUAAAUUGUUAAUCUAUCGAUGAAAGUAAGCCACAGGAAUUAUGUGUGAUAUUCUGGUGAUGAAUGUAAAUUGCAAGCGUCGCAAACGGAUGCGGUCCGAUGAUGGCGACGGCGGUGAUGGCCCUUUUGUGAUGCAAAGAAAGAUGUUCAUAAACCAACUGCAGGUCGACCGGCAGAACGAGCAAAAAAUGAGACAAAUUGAAGAGAAAACCAUGAACAUGCUGUUCCUGGGAGCGAAAACAUCUUCACAGCAGCGACCGGGCGUUUGCCAGCGUGAAUGUCUGAAACAUGUGCGUCUCCUGGGUACCGGGGAGUAUGAUUUCGAUAUUGCUAAUUGUCCGGCGUGGAUGGCGAAAAAAGCGGAUCGCGAGUGUCGGAUCUGUGACCGGAUCUCACUGGUUCACGCGGACUGUACCAACUGCAAUCUGGAAUUGUGCGAGUUUUGCGGAAUCAGCUGCCACUACUGUCCGGAGAAGAUUUGUAUGAACUGCGUCAACAUAUUUAACUGCCGUAACUCGGAUGUUCCUUGCUGUGAACGAUGUAAAAUUUUCAAUUGAAAGGUAGGAUUGUGAUAUCAAUAUUAUAUUAUACAUUUUAUGUUUCUGUUAAGUGCGUUUUGCAAUAUCUAAUAUUAUGUAUGAAAUACGACAGUUUUGAAUAAAUUUAAAU